CUCAACUGGCCACACAUGGUCCCGCUGGAGUCCAGACACAGGCAGCUAAACGCUCCUCGGCCAAUAUUGAUGGAGCUGUAAAUCACAGCCUCUGUAACAGCACAAAGACAGCAGGGCGACAUUAGUCGGACUGAAGGACUUCAUCAUCGACUGACCGGGAGACGGCGUUUUAGUGACCUGACUGCAUCCUCCUCCGUCCUGCAGCCACUCAACACCUCAUUCCUGUGUGGGAAGGAGGCCCGUCAGUCUCACUGCAGGUGUGCAGCCCUGUCCGUUGAGUGUUUUGUGCUGAGCUGGGGACAGAAAACUCAGCUGAAUGAAUGAGUGGGUGGGACCUGAUAUCAAUGUGGUGGGGCCGCUGCAAAUUCCCCCCAACGAUGAAUUCUCAAUCGCAGAGAACGCCCACUUCUUUGACAUUCUGGCAGAUCAAGGCAGCUCUCUCCUGCACGACCCUGACGUCUCGCCCUUUGCCAGCCAUCCCGGCAUGCAGUACCCGACCAUGGAGCCAAACAUGUCCUCGACUCCGUACUACUCCGCUCAGAACUAUUACUCUCAGUACAGCGGGGACGAAUGGUACCUACACACAGGCCUGUACGAGCUCAGGAAAGGACCCAUGGAGGGCAGCUUCAACACUGAGAUGGAGGAAGGGUCGUCCGUCGUGCCGGCUGUGUGUAAGAGGGCCCGCCACAUGUCACAGGCGGGACGCAUCAAAGGGGAGGAGCUGUGUGUGGUGUGUGGAGACAAGGCCUCUGGAUACCACUAUAAUGCUCUGACCUGUGAGGGAUGCAAGGGUUUUUUCAGGAGAAGCAUAACAAAGAACGCUGUGUACAAAUGCAAGAGUGGUGGAAACUGCGAGAUGGACAUGUACAUGCGCAGGAAAUGCCAGGAGUGCCGGCUCAGAAAGUGCAAGGAGAUGGGAAUGCUGGCAGAGUGCCUGCUGACAGAGAUCCAGUGUAAGUCCAAAAGACUGCGCAAAAACACCAAGGCCUCCCCCGGCCGGUCGACGGGGGAUGAGACGGAGGGGGCCGACAGCGCUGACAGCAAACAGGUCACGUCAACCACCAAACUGUCAAAGGAAAAGGUUGAAAUCAGUCAAGAGCAGCAAGCCCUCAUUACACUCAUCUUAGAUGCAUACAACACGCAUCAACUUCCUCACGAUGUCGCAAAAAAGCUGCUGCAAGAACAGUACAGCAAGGAGGAAAACUUUCUUCUCUUGACAGAAAUUGCAACGAGUCAAGUUCAAGUAUUGGUGGAGUUUACAAAAAAUAUCCCAGGCUUUCUGUCUCUGGAUCAUGAAGAUCAGAUAGCUCUGCUGAAAGGAUCGGCUGUGGAAGCGAUGUUUUUGCGCUCGGCCCAGAUUUUCAGCAGAAAGAUGCCCUUCGGAAACACAAAUGUUCUAGAAGAAAGGAUACGGAAAAGCGGUAUAUCAGAAGAGUUUAUUACGCCCUUGUUCAACUUUUACAAAAGUGUUGGUGAACUCCAGAUGGUGCAGGAGGAACAGGCUCUCCUCACCGCCAUAACCAUCCUGACCCCAGAUCGGCCUUAUGUGAAGGAUCAGCAGGCGGUGGAGAGACUCCAGGAGCCCAUGGUGGAUGUGCUGAGGAAGCUGUGCGCCCUGCGGCACCCGAAGGAGCCGCAGCACUUCGCCCGCCUCCUGGGCCGCCUGACGGAGCUGCGGACACUCAACCACCACCACGCAGAGAUGCUCACGUCCUGGAGAGUGAACGACCACAAAUUCACCCCUCUGCUCUGUGAGAUCUGGGACGUGCAGUGACACACGACGAGCAGGGAGGAAGGUCGGGAUGAGAGGAUGGACAUUUCAGUUUGUUUGGGAGGGUGUGAGGAUAUUUAAUUCUCUGAAAAAAAACUUUUUUUCUCCGUUGAGCUUGACUUAAUGAAUGGCCUGAAGUAUUAUUUGUGUGCAACGUGACGUUAUGGCGGGAUUAUUAUCAGCAGUUCAAAGGAUGGGAUUUAUUUAGCAAAUGCUUUUAAAAGGUUUAUCACAUACAACGAAUUGAUAAGUAGAACAAGUAGAAAUACUGGUACUGGGUCAAAGCGGAAAACAUGUUCUCAAAAAGUGUACGAGUUAGAUU